ACAAUCAAGACACAAUGAAACCAUACCUGAAGCUCCUCUGGAUUCUCUCCAUCUUUGCAAAAUCAGGUCACUCCCUCUCCUGCACCAGCUGUCUGGUGCAAGGUGCAACUUUCUGCACAGGGAACAAUGUGUCAUGUCCCUCCGGAAGGGUAUGUGCGGCUACCCACACAAUAAACAUGGAAGACGGGGUAAAGAAGGAUGAGUACUUUGGAAGAUCGUGCGUGCCAGAAGGUCAGUGUCAGCGGCCGGGAAUUUUCAGCACUUACAACAGCAAAUCAAAAAAGGGGAUAUCUUGUUGUUACACCGAUAACUGCACCCCGACCCAGCCUCAGUUAUUACCAGAUGACGAUAAACCCAAUGGCUUGACUUGUCCUACCUGUAAGGCUAAUGGAACUCAAUGGUGUGACACUGAGAUGACCAUGAAAUGUACUGGAGAGGAGACGAGGUGCAUUGUACAAUACUCGAAAAUCACAGGGCCAGGAGCACAGUCCACCGAGCGCAUUCUUCGAGGAUGCGCCACUCCAAGUAUCUGCAGCAUUGGCAAUCAGACCCAUCCCACCGAUGGCCUAUCUGCCGAGGUUCAAAUUACCUGCACCGGAUCAGUAAAUGGACUUCACCACCACUUUAAUCUGCAUGGAAUUAUGGCAGUUGUUAUGAUGCUGCUUCUUAUUACUGCCUGA